CGAUAUUGAGGGCGUGAUGCUUCGAAAGUCAAGAGGUCGAUAUAUGACCUGCCUGCCGACACUUGGGAAUUCUCCCUUGGCUGCUGCCUGUGCUGUGCUCAACGUCCAGGUGAGAAUGAUUACCCAGAAUAUGUUCAGGUGUUAUGUGCUGACAAGGGGCUUGGAAUAAUGUGCCAUGUCGGUCAACUCACGAGUCAUCAAAACGUUCCUACAGUGGUCUCCGGAGGCUAUCGAGGUUCCUCUUAACGACGGCUUGCGCAUCCAAAUCCUUCCCACCGUCGACGAUCUUCUUCGUGCCCGAAAACAUCAGUUUGCGGCUUUUGUUGCCUCAGAAGGCUUGCUCGUCGUUUAGGAUGACGAUCCCCUCCAUCUGAUUCCCAGAGCCAAGCAUAUCGAGUCAGCGCUCAUGCAGCUCGUAUGGAAGGACGGCAAUGAGGUUGACGACGAGGAGGAGAGUGCUCCUCCCAUGAGCGGCGAGCCGAAACGAGAAAAGCGACCGGUUCACUUGCUCAACACCUAUCUCGUCAGCAUCACGCUCUUGAUCGUUACAGUAUCCCUUAGGUCCGCCUGGAGGCAGCUCGCUAUUGAAGUCAUGGUUGAUGGUAACUUUGUCCGUCUUGCUCUCGUCGUCCUGGCACCGGUCCAAAUCUUCUUCACUCUAUUCUUCGCUCAGGUCAUUGUCGGCUGCUUGGCUCAGAUAUUUGGACCUAUUCAACAGCUCUCGGUCAACUCAAAGUUUUACUCGGCCAAACUGCCGCCGAGGCUGCAGACCCCUACCCUGCCUCACGUUACGGUGCAGUGUCCUGUCUACAAAGAAGGCCUCGCCGGUGUCAUUGCUCCCACAGUCAAGUCGAUCAAGCACGCCAUCUCCACGUACGAGCUCCAGGGUGGUGCGGCAAACAUGUUUAUCAAUGACGAUGACCACAGCAUCGGUUGGGUUGCCCGCCCUAGGCACGGCGAAAACGGCUUCCAGCGCCGUGGCAAGUUCAAGAAGGCACCCAACAUGAACUUUGCCCUCAUGAUCUCGUGCAAGGUGGAAGAAAAGCUUAGCCAAAUCCAGAGAUCCCCGGAAUGGUCCCAGCAUGACGAAGCUCAAGCCUAUGAGCGCGCCCUCCAAGAGGUUCUCGAGGAAGAUGGCCGUGCCUGGACUGACGGCAAUAUUCGGAUGGGCGACUACAUUCUCUUAAUUGACUCGGAUACCCGUGUACCGGCCGACUGCUUGCUUGAUACUGUCUCGGAGAUGGAGCAGUCCCUCGACGUUGGUAUCAUGCAGUUCUCAUCAGGUGUUAUGCAGGUUGUCCACACGUAUUUCGAGAACGGUAUCACCUUCUUCACCAAUCUGAUUUACAGCGCUAUUCGGUAUACCGUCUCCAACGGCGAUGUUGCUCCCUUCGUUGGUUACAACGCCAUUCUUCGUUGGUCUGCCAUCCAGCAAGUCUCGUACGAGGAUGAAGAUGGCUACGAGAAGUUCUGGUCCGAGAGUCACGUGUCGGAGGAUUUCGACAUGGCUCUACGAGGCCUCUGGUUGGUCGAAUUAGUCACGACUUUCCAUUGUUGA